AUGCCAGUGCCGGUCGUGCUGGCUCUUCCCCCGUACCCAGGCGACAGAAUCGGAAUACCUUCUUACACGGCUCAGCCCUCGCUUGGCGAAGAAAGCUUGUCGCGUUCCGCAACAGGACACGCUCCUCCCAGUGGGGAACAUGUCACCUCUUCUGGAAAAAUCUCGUUAACCUUCAAAAACCAGUUUCCGGAUGUGCUUGUUCCCACAUUUGCCCCCAAUGAACUCAUCUCAGGCACGAUCCGAGUGCAGUCACCAGAAAGUGUUACCGAGGUUGUCUUGAAGGUUGCCGGGCGAAUGGACUUGGCCGGGAUACACGGUACCCGCCGACAAGAAUUGGUCCGAGAAUCUUACACUGUCUGGCACAACAACCUACGCCACAUGUGCCCUCCUUCGAUUCCUUUCUCUUUCAUUUUCCCUUCGACUUUCACAGAGGAAGAAUCUGGCGCCUCUUGUGCGCUUCCGCCCUCAAUACUCGUCAAGCCGUCCGAACGACCAUUUCUAUACAUAAAAUUCUCGCUAUGGAGAGGGGAAAAAAUACUCGAUGUCCCAGUUCAUAUUCAUCCGAGAGCCUGCCCUUUGCGGCCCAUCAUGCCCAAUCCAAGUCUCUUGGCCACCGUCAAAUCGGCACCCGAAGAAUGGCAUCAAGUCCUCUGCACCCUUGGACCUAAAGUGCUCAGUCGUGGUAUUCAUUGUAGCCUUUUUAUACCUUCUUCACAAACUUAUGGGCUGCAGGAUAUCAUCUCAUUUCAUCUUCAAGUCAACGGCCCUGUUAAUAUGCUACGCCGACUUGUCACAACUGAACGAGCCACUUCACCCACACCUUCAUCGCCAUCUUCCCCGAGUUCUCCUUCCUUUCGGUCUAGGUCACCUCGCAUUCCAGCUCAAUCUGCUCCAACGCACCCCAUCCGUGUCUACCUUCUUCGACAGAUUAAUCUGGUUGUUCGAGGAGAGCACAUAACUCGAAAUAUCCCACUCGGGGAGGGUGUGCUGACUACCCUACCGCCACCUAUAAGCAGCGUCGCCCCAACAAAUAGUGCACAGAUCGACUGGGGUGGAGAAAUCAGUGUGAAAACUGACGUAGAUCGUUGGGAUAACGACGGUAGUUGCAAAGGCGUUUUGAUUGAGAGUAUCAGCACUUUUGACUCCGGGCCGUUGUGGUUGAAAGAUUUUAUUGUCGUUUCUAUACCCCAGUGGGAUGUCGAGCAUCGGCACUCGAUUACAUUUGUCAGCGACACCUGGAUUGAUGAUGUGGGACCAGGGGAUCGCGUGCGAGUUGUUGUCGGCUCAACAAUCUCGAAUUCAUUCAAAGAGGUCACAUUGAAGGUCACAAAGCUGGUCUGCUUCAAUGCGCCUUGUGUCGAACAGCAAAUGCCUUUUGUACAAAUAACAUUCGAAGACCAACUCGCUUCAACUGGCAAAUCCUCCUUUCAAGCUGGCCGACUGCGAUUACCUCAGCAUGACGCCCAGUUUCGACCCAUUCCAACAGAUGUGGAGGAACUUCGCAUCUCACGCAACGCGCUUUACAAGAAUCGAAUUGGAGAUGGUAGUCGCUGCCGUAUAGAUCUAGAGGAGCUCUGUGAAUGGGGGCGAGAAGGUGACGAAUUCGAGCCGAUAUAUGUCGAAGCUUGCGCGACCAACGGAAUGCGAUUCUACCUGCGCCUCUUUCUUAACGCUCAAAACUCCUUGCAUGAUCGCUCUUUUGAAACGUAUGAGAUGUACGAGAAGGUUGUUCGCGACGCCAAAUUCCAUUCACUCCAUUUGGGACCUGUGGAAGGGCACAUCGUACCCCGUCAUCACGGACUUUGGCUAAUGGACACUGGUUUAUGGGCAGGGCGGGUUAUCUUCACCAUUCUCCAAUGGUGUGGCUUGCCGUACGCAGAAAUCAUCCGUGAAAAGCAAGACAGUGAAAUGAUCAAGGUUUUCGUUGGUCGCGCUUACGAGCUCCUUCACGACUAUGGGGUCGUUCACGGCGGAGACGACGAUCCAUUCGACAAGGUCAUGUUCGAUUUAGACCAUCACGAGGCCACUGGCAUCCUCAAAUGUUACAUUGCCGGAUUUUCUGAGGCGCAAUCGGGUCAUAUCUGCAAACGCAAGGUCCCAAUUCUACCACUUGGGUGUUUCGUCCCGUCAAAAACUGUCGGUUGUCGCGAAAUUGGCGGAAUACUUUGCAUUUUACACUUCAGCGUGGAUCGACCAGAUGGUUCAGACGAAACGACGGUGGAAGUUGCACUCAAGUGGCAUAAGAAGUACCGCAAGGAGCAUCCUGGCGUCAGCAAUGUUCUCGCGCUUUACGCCCAAAGGGCUAAGCUUUACUCUAAGUGGCCACCGCUCUAUUAUGGCGCUUACGAGCUCGUCGACCCCGACAAUGCAUACCCCCAAGUUGUCCCAGUCUAUGGCGACAGGAUGCCCAGUUCGAGUACAAAUGACAGUCAUUGA